GAAAUUUCUUUCUUCAGAUAAAAUGUUCAGUGAAUGAAAGGGAACGAACAAACUGUAAGGGAUUGAUGUUGUUUCCAGUCACCGCUGACGCACAUAUAUUCUUGGGUGUGACCAUUUUCAUCGACACGACAUGCCCAGAGGUGACUUCACCGUGAAUUGGUCGAGUAGAGGGAGCGGAGGUGCAUUCCACAUCCCAGCUGAAGAGGCUGCAGGCAUUGCCCUUCUUGUUAUCAUUCUCAUGAUUCUGCUGAUCAUUGGGUGCUGGUACUACAAAAGAAGGAGUGGAUACACAAUGAUUUGGAGCCGAGGUACAGCCAGCAGCAUUCGAAGAGCCUUGAUGAGAUCUGGAGACUACAGUGAAGAAGGAGCCACUCCAGAAAACAAAUUCCCCUUGAAUGAGUACAGCAAUCUGAACACAGUGGUUCCCGAUGCCCCUCCAGUUUAUGAGAAGAUAUCUGCAGGAUCUUUACCACCUCCGUAUUCUCCCUGAAGUGUCCAGUGGUGUCUGCCCAUAGUACAGAACCUGAAGGUGUAAAUGUGGUCUCUGUGGUGGUUUGUGUUCAUUUACAUGUUCAAGUGAAAAUACUGUAUGUUUAAACUGUCCUUGUUUCCUUUCAUCAUAAUCAGUGUUUUUCUCUAUUAAAUCAUACAUCCGGAACAUGAUGAGCAACCCUUUUGUUAUUCAUAGAAAAAGUAAGUUCCUGGUCCAGAUACAGUAUGAUGGCACUGAUUGUGUGUGUGUAUAUCAACCAACAUCAUUUAUCUAUAUCUAUCAUCUUUCAUAGUAGACCACCAUCACAAAA